AUGAAGCUCGCUCGUCUUCUCGGCCUCGUGGCCGCGUCGUUCUCCACCUGCAGCGCCGGCAGCAGUUUCAUCGACUUCCGCUCCGUGGACGGCAAGCUCAAGGCCGACAACGAGACGUUCCACCUCAAAGGAAUCAACUGGUUCGGCGCCGAGACGAUCGAGCUCGCCGUGCAAGGUUUAUGGCCGUCCGCCACCUCUAUCGGCGAUGCCAUGGACCUCUUCGCUAGCUACGACAUCAACGCACUGCGUCUGCCCUUGGCUAUGGACUCGGUAAUGGACGAUCCGAAAGUCAAGAGCACCCAGACCGGAGGCAGUCCGUCCUUGGCCGGUAAAACGUACCUUGAGGUACUGGACGUCAUUGUGAGGGAAGCGCGUGCACGCAACAUCCUCAUUAUGUUCGACAGCCAUCGAAUUGAGGCUUCCGAGCCGGAUUUCCCGGACAUUGCCGUGCCUAACGACAUCACGCCGGCACUACAGAAACUCGCAACGCGGUACUGUACCGACCCGGGGGCAUGGAAUGUGUUCGCCAUGGACAUUAAGAAUGAACCUAAGGGCAAAGCCACAUGGGGCAAAGGCGACGAAGACACAGACUGGAACUUACAAGCCGCCAAGAUCGGCAACGCGGUGCUUAAGAAAUGUCCGCGACUUUUAAUAUUCGUCCAAGGCGUUCAGACGAAUAUUAAAGGAGUGAGUAUGAAAUGGGGACAAGCCGGUGGCUCGUUACAAGGCGCCAAGGACUACCCUGUCAAAUUGAGCAAUAUGGAGCGACUAGUGUACAGUCCCCACUUGAUCUCACCGGGGGUAGACUACAAGGCCCCUUGGUGGGGCGACUCGAGCUUUCCGGAUAACAUGCCGGAUAUAUGGGACGAAUAUUUCGGAUUCGUACCUAAGGAGACGGGUCAAGCUGUGGUUGUUGGGUCCUGGGGAGCUCAGAUGAAGGAGAAAAACAAACAAUGGGCGAAGGCUGUGUCGUCGUACUUAGAAGAAAAGUCGAUCGGAUCGUUCUAUUGGGCCUUUAACCCGCAGUCAGCGGACACGGGAGGGUUCGUCAAGGACGACUGGGCCACUCCUAUCGACGAACGUGCGGCUCUACUGGAGCUAUUGCCUACAACUAGUGUAGAAGACGUCGUUGCUAUCUUUGCCAAGUGCUCGAAAACUUGUGCGGGUAAUGGCGGAUGUGAAGGUGGUAAAUGUGUGUGCUACACUGGUUGGAGUGGUCCACAAUGUGAGAUCUGCUCGGAAGGAGACGCAAGUGCAUGUAACGACAUGGGUACAUGUUUGAGAAACAGCACAUGUGAGUGUGAAGACGACGCGAAUGGGAAAUACUGCGCUGGAACCGAGUGCGAUGAAGUCGAUUGUGGCGACGGCUCCAAUGCCGGAUGCUUCAAUGGCGAGUGCACGUGUCUUUACAACUGCGUGGGCAACUCGUGUGUCGUCUGUGCUGCCAACGAUUCGGCUCUGGAGGAUGCGUCGAACGGAGCAACAAUUCUCUGCGACGCGUGCGAUGCUCAAACUCACAAUGAUUUUUCAGCUGCUCAAGCAACGUCGACGGUCACAGUAGCAACCGCGGCGUUUGCUACACUCAGCUUGGUCCUCACUUUUUUCUAUCAAAUUUGA